AUGGCAGUUCCCACCUCUCUCAUUGUCGUAUGCUGCCACGGCAUUUGGAACGGCGGCCCUUCCAAAGGCGCCAAUGAAGAUGAGUGGCUCAUUGCUGACUUUCAGCGCGGCGAGACAAGUACUUUUAUCGAGCACAUUAAGCUGGGGGUGAAACUUCUCAGCGAGAGCUACGAUGACAGUGUGCUUGCUUUUUCAGGUGGCCCAACCCGCAAAGAAACGACUCUAAGCGAAGCCCAAAGCUACAGCAACCUCGCCGCAGCGCAAAACUUAUUCGGCCACAGCUUCGUCAACAAGCUUGAAUCAACACCAGAACUCAUUCCCAAAGUCAUUUCGUCUAGGAUCCUUGUCGAAGACCGCGCAUUGGACUCGUACCAUAAUGUCCUCUUCAGCCUCACUCUCUUCUACUCGCGCUUCCAUGCCUGGCCCCUCUCUCUAACCAUCGUCUCUCACGAUUUCAAGAGGCCUCGUUUCAUAGAUGGCCACUGCGCUGCCAUUGGAUUUCCACUUGAACGGACGACGUUUUUGGGCAUCGACCCGCCUGGUAUGAUUAAUGGCGAGAACGAAGCGGCGAUGAAAGGCGUGGGACAGGCGGUGGAUGAAUGGACGGCUGAUCCUCAUGGGCGGGGAGAGAAGUUGGCUGGGAAGAGGGCGAGGAGGAAUCCUUGGGGAAUGUGGCAAGGGGUUUUUGAAGAGCAGGUAGAUGGCCCCAGGAAAGGAGGUCUGGUUACUGAGGGGAUAGGCGAGAUGGAGACGCUGGUCGACGAUGCACCACGGCCAUGGUAA